AUGAGUUUGGAAAGGAUGGCCCGUUCCAUUGGUUCAAAUCCCGUGCUACUGAAGAAAAAGCAGGAAACUGUGAAUCCCCAUCCGCGAGAGAUCCAACAGCAGUUGUUGCAGCGAUGUGUAUCUCUCUUUCCCUUUUAUUCCCUUCCGCCUGUUCUCAACGGCACUUCCACAGGAAGAAAAGAAAAAGAGAGAGGAACUAUUGAUAGUGGUAGUGGGGAUAAUGGAGAACAUGGGGUGGGAAAGCCGUUACAACAACCGGGAUUCUUACCACCACUAGUGUCUGCACGUGAACCGCUGGAUAUGAGACCUUCUGUUUCUGAGAAAACAGGGGAACCACGAUUACAACUUAUUCGUGUGAUUGGCGAUGGUGUUUCGGGUGUUAUCUUUUUCGCUACGGAAGUUAUGAAUUAUAAACAACUACAGCAAGUUGGACCUUCUUCUGGGAGUAUGGCUAGUCGUAUUGCACAGUUAAGACCAGCUACACUUCAACCAUCUUGUAUUAUUCCAGUGAAUAAUGAUAUUGAAGAACCACGAGAACCACAUCAUGUCGCUAUUAAAUUUAUUGAUCUUGAGGGACAAGAUGAAAUGCGAUGUAUGCGUGCUCUUAGAGAAACAAAAUAUCUUCUCUCUUGCAGUUUCUUUUCCAUUUUGCGGUGUUACCGAGAACGUGUAAAACGUUUAUAUCCAGAUGAAUUACCCAAUAAUGGUAAAAAUCCUAUAAUUGCCGUUGCACUUGAAUUAGAGUAUGCAAAUAAUGGUGAUCUUCGUGCAGAAGUUAAGACUCGUAUUCAACGAAACUUUAGUUUUUUCUUAGAACGUGACGCAUUAUUGAUUUUUUUACAGGUUCUAAUGGCUGUAUAUUAUUUACAUAAACGAGGAAUUAUUCAUCGAGAUAUUAAAUCAUCUAAUGUGUUGUUAUGCAGUAAUGGAUUAGUUAAAUUAGCUGAUUUUGGUCUCAGUAAACACUUAGAAGAGAAUAUUAGUGAAGAAAAUGGUUCUUUUGUAGGUACACCAUAUUAUCUUACACCUGAAGUAUGGUUAAGGAAACCGUACGGGACAAAAGUGGAUAUGUUUUCCUUAGGUGUAUUAUUAUAUGAACUAUUAACGUUAAAACGUCCAUUUGGUGGUAAAGGUAUAGAAGAAAUAAAACAUAAUAUAUUGACUCAAGAUCCUGAUAUUCCUGACUUUGUUCAUCCUGAUGUUGCUCAAAUAAUACGUCUACUACUUGAAAAAGACUCUAAACGUCGUCCUUCAGCACUAGAAGUAUUAUCUUUACCAUUAAUGAGAAUGAUGUUUUCUACAUUUCGGCAAUGUGUUCUUCGUGAUGGUUUCGGUAGAUCUUCUACUUCAUCCUCCGAAGGAAAGUCUAGUAAAAUACGAAGUGAAAGGGUUGAUAAUAAUAAUAAUAAUAAUAAUAAUAAUAAUAAUAACAAUAAUAGCAGCGUGACACGUACACGAGUCUGCACAGAUUCACGUUCUCGUCUUGGAUCAGCUGAACGGCAACAGGUUCUGUUUAAUCUGGAACAAGUACAAAAAGAUAUCCUUAACCAUAUGUUAGAAACCUCUUCUAGAGUAGAAAAUAUAUUGGGAAUGGGGUCCAAAUCAAUUAUUCCUAAUGAAUCUGAAAAUGCGCAAGUUAUCCUAGAUGGAGUUCUUCAAAAAGAGAAUAAUGGUUAUUGGAAAGGACGUUAUUUGUGUCUUCAACGGACAUCACUUGAGAAUUCUUCUAGUUCACAGAAAUCAAGUAAAACUUGUGAUAUUCAUCUUCUUUUGGCUUUGAAAAAAGGAUCUGAUAGGCGUGUUCGCAAAUGCAUGAGUGAGUUUAUUGAUUGUUUCCCUGUACCACAAAGGUAUACUAUGGAUAAGGCACCAUAUGUUUUCACACUGGUCGGUAAAUUGGGAAAUAAGGUGAAUUUUCAAGCAUUCUGUGAAGAAGAACGCCAGAAAUGGGUAAAUGCUUGUUUAGGAUGUAUUGAAUACUACAGAAGUCACGAUGCUUCAAGUGAUACAGAUAAUAGUUCUAGUUUAAGACAAGGCGUUGGAUCUAAUGGUAGUUUCGCAACCCUCCAGACAUGUUCAACCGUAAGCAACAGGAGUACACAUGCGAGGCCAGGAACCCCUGUUUCUAAUCCAACAAGCACACUGAAACGCAAUUUGCCGCCUGUUCCCUGUGGUAGAAUAAACAAAAACCCUAAUGAAACUGUGAUCUCACCCUCAUGCAGUUAG